AUCUUCACUUCAACAUUCAGCAUCUCACUUCUAGCAGUUCUUAUCAGCGACUGCUUGGUUCGGCUGAUCCACCAGGCAGCUCCGGGUAGACUCAAGCGGAGAGGAGAGAGAAUAUAAUAUGUCAGGAUUUUGUUACCAGGAAGUGGGGCGAGUUAUUUAUAUUUCAACACUCAUCCUCUCGUACUCGAGGGAGAACCAGUGAUAGUAACCUGAAACUAUAUAUUCAAACAUUGUCUGGUUCUGGAUGCGACGAACUGAUGAACAAUUACCUUAAUGCUUAGAAACUCUGAGGACCCUUCGAAGACAAUCUGCAAAUGUUAAUAAUGUAAUGACUGUGUCGAAGGAUAAAGUGACCCAGUGAGGGAUUUAACAUUGGCUGAGGUGGUGGGAUGAAGCUCCAUGAGAAGCUUUUGACCCAUUACCUUUCAUGCACCUCUCCGGUAGAUAAAGAAGGAUACCUUUACAAGAAGAAAGAGAGAAAUGCCACCUACCAGCGGCGGUGGUUUGUCCUGAAGGCAAACCUGCUUUUCUACCAGGAGCGCCCCGCUGACAGACACCUGCUGGGUGUCAUUGUGCUGGAGGGCUGUGCGGUCCGGCGCUCUGAGUCUGACGGACAGUUUGCCUUUUCCCUGGUGUUUGAAGGGCCCGGACUCAAAACAUACAGGUUUGCAGCUGGGGAUGGUCAGAUUCAGGAGAGCUGGGUGAAAGCUUUGCUCUCAGCCAGCCACUGCUACCUCUCGCUUCUGGUGAGGGACUUGGGGAGGCAGUAUGAAGACGCUAAACAGCAACAAGGCUCAGGUACAUCUCGUCACAGUUCCUCUCUCAGUGCCCUCAAACACUCCACUCACUUCCUGCCUGUGCAGGGCCGAGCAGCAGUGGUCAGGGAGGGGAGAAGCUUCAGCGCUUGCCCUGUUUUACAAACACAGUCAACAACACCUAAAGUGGUGGCUAAAAAAUCCCCUAAACUGUGGCCCAGGAGAAAUGCUCAUGUUACACCACUUAAUGGACCGGCUCCUUUGUACGGGGAAUGGCCAUUGGUUGGUUUUGAUCCACUGGAGGACUUCGGCAAACUUCAUGAUUACUAUGGCCAAGAAGUGAAGAAAGCGAGAGAGGAAUGGCUGGGGAGUCGACGAGCAAAAGAUGAAAGCAUCGAUGGACAUCUCAUCGACCUUGGGUGAACCCACCUGGGGGUUGCAGACCAUUUAAGAGGAAGUGAGAUGGAGUGGUUCAUGCGUGUCAAGAGGAACUGAACCUGAAGGGUUGUGGGUUUAUCGGUAUUUAGGAACAUAAGAGUCUCAGGCCCUGACACAAACUGUAAAUGUGCUAAAUGAUGCCAGUGUUUAAAAGGAUGAGUUUAGAUCCCUCCUAUUUUAGAUUUGUUUUUAUAGAAGUUGUUAAUUUCCUGAGCCAAGACGGCCUUCAUGUGACAAUGGGAUACAACAGAGAACAAGCUAAGGAAUCUGCACAAGAGGGUCGGAAUCUGGAGCUGCUGUUGUCUGCACAUCUGCACUUUUUGGACAUAAAACAGCGUCUUUGCCUGCAGCACCUCGAAUGAGGUUAAUGAAAUUCACAAUGUAUCAAUUUUAGUAAUUAAUACGGAACAAUGUAACAGUUAGCGAACAGGAGCUACACACCUGUAUAUACAUAUUCAUACAUACAGUAUGUUGUGCAAAUGAUGAGUAUUAGUAUUAAGCAAAGAGUAUUAUACACUUACAAAAUUGAUCUGUCAACACUUAGGAACUAUGAUUCAAACAGAGAACAAGACUUUCAUAUAGUUCAAAUCAGAAAAUACUUUUGAAGCAAAAAAAUACACAUAAAUAUUAUAUAUAUAUAACACACACAUCAUUGGUUAUGCAUCAAAAUGUCCUUCAUAAAAAAUGCUUUUGUAUCCUUGUUCGUUAUUUUAUCAAGCAAAUAGUGUAAUACAUUUUCUUUGCAUGA